CCCCUUCUUACUUUGCUUAAAAACUUCGAGUUCUACAAACCAUCGCACUCUCCUCUCACUCGCAAGUCACACCCAAUCCCAACCAACAUUUCAAACCACUGUCUUAAUUCCUCUCUACUCUCAUCUCUUCCAUCACUGGGACCGGUGGAACAGCGAGAUGAUCAUCAACGUGAAAGAGUCGACGAUGGUUCGGCCGGCGGAGGAGGUGGCGCGGCGAGUGGUGUGGAACUCGAACGUGGACCUGGUGGUGCCAAAUUUUCACACGCCGAGCGUGUACUUCUACAGGGCCACGGGCGCGUCCAACUUCUUCGACGCAAAGGUUCUGAAGGAGGCUUUGAGCAAGGUACUUGUUCCCUUCUACCCAAUGGCUGGGCGGCUCCGCCGCGACGAAGACGGUCGCGUGGAGAUUGAGUGCGACGGCCAAGGAGUGCUCUUCGUGGAGGCGGAGACCGGUGGCGUGAUCGACGAUUUUGGCGACUUCGCACCCACUCUUGAGCUCCGCCAGCUUAUCCCUGCCAUUGAUUAUUCACAAGGGAUUGAAACCUAUCCUCUGCUGGUGUUACAGGUAACACAUUUCAAAUGUGGAGGGGUCUCACUAGGAGUUGGUAUGCAACACCAUGUAGCAGAUGGAGCUUCGGGUCUUCACUUCAUCAAUACAUGGUCAGAUGUUGCCCGUGGAUUAGAUGUUUCGAUUCCACCAUUCGUUGACCGAACAAUUCUUCAUGCUAGAGAUCCACCUCGACCCGUUUUUGAUCACAUAGAAUACAAGCCUCCGCCAGCUAUGAAAACCCACCCACAACCCACAAAACCAGGCUCAGAAAAUGCAGCAGUGUCUAUUUUCAAGCUCACACGGGACCAAAUCAACACACUAAAAGCAAAGUCAAAAGAAGAUGGCAACACAAUCAGCUAUAGCUCUUAUGAGAUGUUGGCUGGUCACGUUUGGCGAAGUGUAUGCAAGGCAAGAGCACUUCCUGAUGAUCAAGAGAGCAAGUUGUACAUUGCAACUGAUGGACGGGCAAGAUUGCAACCUCCUCCUCCACCAGGUUACUUUGGUAAUGUGAUAUUCACAACCACACCAAUAGCUGUUGCUGGUGAUCUCAUGUCAAAACCCAUUUGGUAUGCUGCAAGUAGAAUCCACAAUGCAUUGUUACGAAUGGACAAUGAAUAUUUGAGAUCAGCUCUUGACUAUCUUGAGUUGCAACCUGAUCUAAAAGCUCUUGUUCGUGGAGCCCAUACUUUUAAGUGUCCAAAUCUUGGCAUCACUAGUUGGACUAGGCUUCCAAUCCAUGAUGCUGACUUUGGUUGGGGAAGGCCCAUAUUCAUGGGGCCUGGUGGAAUUGCUUAUGAGGGGUUAUCUUUUAUACUUCCAAGCUCAACAAAUGAUGGGACCUUAUCCGUGGCAAUAGCUCUUCAGCCCGAGCAUAUGAAGGUGUUUAAGGAUUUCUUGUAUGACAUUUGAGGAAUCAAAAUGAUGGAGAUGCUUGCAUGUUUUGAAUCAUUUGAAUGCUACCUAAGUGGCAUAUAUUUUAUUUAUCAACAAAACUUAGUUGUCAUUUGGUAGGUACUAUUGUUGCUGCUGAUCAAUUAAAAUUAAGGUUUUGUUCUAGUCAAAUAUAAUAUGAUCGUAAAUUAUCAUAGUAAAAUUCUAAAACUUAAGGUACUGCCCUUAUAAGUUUGUCCUUUAUUAUUUUAUAGUUUUUGUUUUGGACUAUAUGCAAUAGUUAAUUGGACUCUCUUUAGUUUACAAUAGACUACUUCCCGUGGCUAAGUGUUAUAAUCUGUGAACAUAUAAAUGAACCUUAACAAACAUAAAUCAGUUACAUAAAUAGCCUAUUGUAUUGUUGUAUACAUGAUUGCGUAGAAGAGAAAGCAUAGUGCAAAUUUGGAGCUUCUACCUUGCUCUGCAUCAGAUGCCUUUCCAGCUUACGUCUACAUAAUCUCAGUCGUAGUGCACACUUGCGAAUAUAUUUCAUUUGAUGUUUUUUCAGCAACCCAUUUCUAAAAGUCAGUAAUUUCCCUGAAAAGUCAAAACAAACAGCAAAUAGCAAGCUUGAAAUCUGGGUUUUUAUACCUCCUGUUUAUCCGUUGAGAGAGAGAAAAUAUAUUCUUGUUUAUCUGUCUGAAACAAAAAUUAUUCAUAUUUACGUG